CCUCCCUUCUGAGGUGCUGGAGCUGCUGCUGACAUCCCCCUGUCCUUGCUGUCCCCGCAGAACUCCAUCCGGCACAACCUGUCCCUGCACACCCGGUUCAUCCGCGUGCAGAACGAGGGCACCGGCAAGAGCUCCUGGUGGAUGCUGAACCCCGAGGGCGGCAAGACGGGCAAGACGCCGCGGCGGCGGGCGGUGUCCAUGGACAACAACAGCAAGUUCCUGCGCAUCAAGGGCAAGGCCAGCAAGAAGAAGCAGCUGCAGGUGACGCAGGAGCGCGGGGAGGACAGCCCCUCCUCCCAGCAGCCCAAGUGGUCGGAGAGCCCCGCGUCCCACGCCAGCGACGAGUACGACGCCUGGGCGGACUUCCGGACGCGCGCCAGCUCCACGGCCAGCACGCUGAGCGGGCGCCUCUCGCCCAUCAUGGCCAACCACGAGCCUGACGAGCUGGAGGAGGAUGAUGGCACCCCCUCCUCCCCGCUGAUGUACCCCAGCCCCUCCAGCACCAUGUCUCCUUCCCUCAGCGCCCGCUGCUCCGUGGAGCUGCCCCGGCUGACCGACCUGACCGGCACCAUCAGCCUGAACGAGAGCCUCGGGGAGAGCAUGCUGGAGGACCUGCAGGACGGCUACGCCAUGAGCCCGAGCCAGCAGCUCCCGCCGGCCGCCCUGCGGCAGCGCAGCUCCAGCUUCACCUUCAACUCCAAGUGCUCCAACAUGGGGGCUGCCGGCAACACCUACUGCGGGACCAUCUACAGCCAGCCGGCCAUGGGCCUCAUGCGCCGCCUGCCCAUGCAGACCAUCCAGGAGAACAAGCAGGCCACCUUCUCUCCCGUCAGCUCCUACAGGAACGCCUCGCUGCAGGACCUGCUCUCCUCCAUCUCCUACGCGCACAAGGAGAGCAUGGUCCCGGGGGACCUGCCCCUGCCGCAGGCCAGCCCCAUGGUGCCGGCCCGUGGCCACAGACACAACCCGCUGCUGUGCGGGGGCGGGGAGCAGGGCCUGUCCUCCUACCCGUCCCACCCGGGCUCUCUCAUGAAGAGCGGCGCGUUGUACCACCCGUCACCAGCCGGCCACCACCCCGCGGUCAACACCAGUGCCUUAGCCAAUCCUGUCAGCCUUAUGAGCCUGCCCAGCGACUCGUGCAGCAUGGCGGCCGUGCCGCACCACGGGCACCUGCAUCCCUACGCCAGUAACCAAGGGGCACACAUGAGCCUGCUGGAUUCGCUGCAGGGCCCCUACCCGGGGGCCGUCCACCCCCCCGUGUUGGGCCAAGACAGGUUCCCAGCAGACCUGGACCUGGACAUGUUCAACGGGAGCCUGGAGUGCGACGUGGAGUCGAUCAUCCUGAAUGACUUUAUGGACAGCGAUGAGAUGGACUUCAACUUCGACUCGGCCCUCCCGCCGCAGAACGGGCUCAACGUGCCCGCGCUGCCCGGGGGGCCACAGCCCACAAACCAGAGCUGGGUGCCUGGGUGAUGCCCGCCCCGGGGGGGGCUGACCACCGGGAAGCCACGAGGGGAACAUUGAGACUAACUUUUUUUUUUCCUUUCUCUUCUGCCUUUGUUUGUUAAGAUGGGCGAGAGCCGUCGGUCUGAGCUCGAGGUCGAACACGGAACACAAACCGGAGGGUCAAAUACUGAGAUGGAGGGGGAGGGCCCCCAGCCCCACGUGUGCCCCGUCUGCUGGGUCCUCCCGUGGGCAUCCUCCAGAGGACACAGGGCAGCUGAGUGGGAGAGGCAGCUGGAGCCAGACGGAUCCAGGGGGGUAGCAGGAAGGGAAGGCCUUUCCAGAUGGUCCCAGUGCCCCACUGUGAUGGUGCCAGUUUGAUUUGCCCUUGGGCUGGGUGACAGAGCGGUGACGGCUGGUGGUGUGGUCGUUUCCCAUGGGAAGGGACUGUUCCCUGAGCCACCUUGGGAAAUGAGUCCUCUGGGUAGAAGUGUCAGGAGUGGGGACCCUGCCCCAGGGUGGGGGGGCUCGUCACCCCUCAGUCCUGGUGGAGGUCAGAGCUCUGCCAAGCCCACACACCCAGGACACCUCCACAGGGAGUGUCCUUGUGUGGCCCCAGGCAGGUUCUCUUACCGAGCAGUGAGAGGGGUGGUGAUGGAGGGGAGGGUGUGCAGGCAGCAGCCCUGGGAACAGCAUCUGGGCAGCCCCCUCGCCUGCUGGGGGCUGGGGGUGCCCCAGGAAUGCUGCAGUCCCUGCCUGGGGCAGGCGUGGGCAGGGCCCGGGGGGGUCCUGCUGGGAGUGAUGUGCUGCUGGAAUGGGUCCCCUGUGCUGGAGGCUCAGGGGCAGCUCGCAGGGUUGGGGAGGGGGGCAUAUUUAUUUGAUUUCAUGCACUCUUUUACCAUUGAGUUUUUGCAUUGGAAGGAAGAAAGGGUCGAGCUUAGGGACAGGAGAGAGAGGCCGUGAGCAGUGCUGGUGGCUGUGUCCCGUCACAGGGCUCAUCUUGGCUUGGCCAUGGCUUUGGGUGCUGGAUGAUGGGGUGAAAGCUGUGAU